AUGUCAACCACACCUAGCGAUCAUAUUCCGCUGUCUAGAAACCAUCUCUGGGGCCCAGAACGACGACGUCUUUCUGCGCAUCUCAUUCAGAAGGCUCUUGAUGCACUCCCUGGCUCUCGUUCCUCGGAACACUUACCAAGUAAACCAUACAAGGCGAUCAAGAGACCGUAUGAGCAACAUAGGUAUACGGGAAAGGCGAGUAGGUCUUACGUGCCUCCGGCGCCUGUCAGCGAGAGAACGAAGAGAAAGGACAGACCGCUGACACCAAGUGAGGGUUAUGGAUUGGGAGUCUUUGGGAUGGGAUUUGAGAUUGGUGGAGAUGGGGUGGAAGAUGUGGAGAGGAAAUUCUUUGCUCAAGGGGGAAGUACAUUUUUUGGAAUGUUGCCGUCUGAGGUGAGGAUGGAAAUUUAUAAGCAGGUACUUGGAGGGAAGGUACUACAUAUCGUAAGAAGGAAGAAUAAGUUGGGUCAUGUUGUUUGUAAACGUGAUAGAAGAGACUCAGAUAUAGGGACGAAAGAGGAGGAUGCGUGUAUCGUUGCGGGGUGUAGGGGCGUGAAGAUACCUGGCGGGAGUGGGGUGCAUGAGAGAAUUGGGGAGGGGAGCGGAGGUUUGAUUCAGUUACUACAGGCUUGUAGACGAAUCUACUCAGAGGCAAUUUUGCUUCUCUACUCAACCAACACCUUCAAUUUCGACAGCAUGGAAUCCUUCAUCUCUUUCAGUAAUGAGAUCCUUCCCCGUCGCUUUGAUUCCAUUACUUCCGUCACCCUCGAUUUCUCCUUUGAUACAUCAUCCCUCUAUAACGAAUCCUCCUCCAACGACGUACCCCGCUGGGAGCGUACAUGGAUGAUAUUGGGGUCCAUGAAAUCGCUUAAAAGUCUCAAAGCAACAAUCAUCUGGCCCAGGAAAAUACCAGCUUGGAGUCACGAAUUGAGGUUAUUGGAACCUUUGAAUAUGGUAGGGAUACUGGGUAAGGAUGCGAAUGGUGGUAAGGGCAAGGGUAAAGGUGGUGAGCACAAGCCUGAAAAUAAAGAUGGGUUUGAGGUGAGACUGAGGGAGUUGUCGAAAGAGGCACAGGGGAGGGGGAAGGCGAGGGCUUAUGAGGUCGGAAAGGGCUUUGUGGUUGGAAAUGCGAAGAUUGUACCAGCAGCGGGGCUGGAUGAAAUGACCGAAGAGGACUUGCCGUUUAAAGUUGUGAGGAUGAAGUUGUGA